ACCCCCCUUGCCCCCCCGCUGCCCGCGGAGCCAUGGCCGGGCUGCGGACCUGCGGGCUGCUCCUCUGCCUGCUCCUGGCCCGGGCCAUGCACUUCCCCGACUACUCCUACGUGUUGGAGGAAGAGGAGGAGGAGGACGAGGAGCCCCUGGAUUACAAAGACCCCUGCAAAGCCGCUGCCUUCCUGGGAGACAUUGCCCUGGAUGAGGAGGACCUGCAGCUCUUCCAGGUGGACAGGGUGGUGGAUCUGACCCGGCACACAGUCAAGCACUUGCCCACCAACUCCUCAGGCAGCAAUGUCACCAGUGCCACCCGGCGACUGGGCCAGCACCGGCGCAGCCGCGGCCACCGGCGGGCACGGAGCCGCCGAGCAGCCACAUCCCGACCCGAGAGAGUGUGGCCAGAUGGGGUCAUCCCUUACGUCAUCAGCGGCAACUUCAGCGGCAGCCAGCGAGCCAUCUUCCGGCAGGCGAUGCGGCACUGGGAGAAGCACACGUGUGUCACCUUCCUGGAGAGGACUGACGAGGACAGUUACAUCGUCUUCACCUACAGACCCUGUGGGUGCUGUUCCUACGUGGGCCGCAGGGGAGGGGGUCCCCAGGCCAUCUCCAUCGGCAAAAACUGUGACAAGUUUGGGAUCGUGGUGCACGAGCUGGGUCACGUCAUCGGGUUCUGGCACGAGCACACCCGGCCCGACAGGGAUGAGCACGUGGCCAUCAUCAGGGAGAACAUCCAGCCAGGACAGGAGUACAACUUCCUGAAGAUGGAGCCCGAGGAGGUGGAGUCCCUGGGGGAAACCUACGACUUCGACAGCAUCAUGCACUAUGCCAGGAACACCUUCUCCAGGGGCAUCUUCCUGGACACCAUCCUGCCCAAAUAUGACAUCAAUGGGGUCCGUCCCCCCAUCGGGCAGAGGACCCGGCUCAGCAAAGGGGACAUUGCCCAAGCCCGGAAGCUCUAUCGCUGUCCUGCUUGUGGGGAGACUCUCCAGGACAGUCAGGGCAACUUCUCCUCCCCUGAGUUCCCCAAUGGGUACUCUGCCCACAUGCACUGUGUCUGGAGGAUCUCUGUCACCCCUGGAGAGAAGAUCAUCCUGAAUUUCACCACCCUGGAUGUCUACCGGAGCCGACUCUGCUGGUACGACUACGUGGAGGUGAGGGAUGGGUUCUGGAGAAAGGCCACACUCAGAGGCAGGUUCUGUGGGAACAAGCUCCCCGAGCCCAUCAUCUCCACCGACAGCCGCCUCUGGGUCGAGUUCCGCAGCAGCAGCAACUGGGUGGGCAAAGGCUUCUUCGCCGUCUAUGAAGCUAUCUGCGGGGGGGAUGUAAAAAAGGACAACGGGCACAUCCAGUCCCCCAAUUAUCCCGAUGAUUAUCGGCCCAGCAAAGUCUGCAUCUGGAAAAUCACAGUCUCCGAGGGCUUCCACGUGGGUUUAACCUUCCAGUCCUUCGAGAUCGAACGCCACGAUAGCUGUGCCUACGACUACCUGGAAGUCCGGGAUGGCAGCACUGAGUCGAGCAGCCUGCUGGGCCGGUUCUGUGGCUACGAGAAACCCGACGACAUCAAGAGCACCUCCAACAGGCUCUGGAUGAAAUUCGUCUCCGACGGCUCCAUCAACAAAGCCGGCUUCGCUGUCAACUUCUUCAAAGAGGUGGAUGAGUGUUCCCGUCCCAACAACGGGGGCUGUGAGCAGCGCUGUGUCAACACUCUGGGCAGCUACAAGUGUGCCUGUGACCCUGGCUAUGAGCUGGCAGCUGACAAACGUCACUGUGAGGCUGCCUGUGGAGGUUUCCUCACCAAGCUGAAUGGCUCCAUCACCAGCCCGGGGUGGCCCAAGGAGUACCCCCCCAACAAGAACUGCAUCUGGCAACUGGUGGCCCCCACCCAGUACAGGAUCUCCCUCCAGUUUGACUUCUUUGAGACCGAGGGCAAUGACGUUUGUAAAUACGAUUUCGUGGAGGUGAGGAGCGGGCUGACAGCCGACUCCAAACUCCACGGGAAAUUCUGCGGCGCCGAGAAACCGGAGGUCAUCACCUCCCAGUACAACAACAUGAGGAUCGAGUUCAAAUCCGACAACACCGUCUCCAAAAAAGGCUUUAAAGCCCAUUUUUUCUCAGACAAGGAUGAGUGCUCCAAAAACAACGGGGGCUGCCAGCACGAGUGCCUCAACUCCUUGGGCAGCUACGAGUGCCAGUGCCGCAGCGGCUUCGUCCUGCACGACAACAAACACGACUGCAAGGAAGCUGGCUGUGACCACAAGGUGACCUCCACCUCGGGGACCAUCACCAGCCCCAACUGGCCUGAUAAAUACCCCAGCAAGAAGGAGUGCACCUGGGCCAUCACCACCACGCCGGGGCAUCGCAUCAAACUGACCUUCUCGGAGCUGGAUGUGGAAGCACAGCAGGAAUGUGCCUACGACCACCUGGAGAUCUACGACGGGAAAGACGCCAAAGCCCCAACGCUGGGAAGGUUCUGUGGGGCCAAAGAGCCCGAGCCCCUCCUCUCCUCCAGCAACAAGAUGUUCCUCAAGUUUGUCUCAGAUAACUCCGUCCAGAAGAAAGGCUUUGAGGCCACCCACUCCACAGUGUGUGGGGGCCAGGUCCGUGCUGAGGUGAAGACCAAGGACUUGUAUUCCCACGCCCAAUUUGGGGACAACAAUUACCCGGGGGGGUCGGACUGCGAGUGGGUGAUCAUGGCCGAGGAGGGCUACGGCGUGGAGCUCAUCUUCCAAACCUUUGAGAUCGAGGAGGAAGCUGACUGUGGCUAUGACUACAUGGAGCUUUUUGAUGGCUACGAUGGCUCUGCCCCACGGCUCGGUCGCUUCUGUGGGUCUGGGCCCCCCGAGGAGGUUUACUCGGCCGGGGAUUCGGUGAUGAUCCGGUUCCACUCCGACGACACCAUCAACAAGAAGGGUUUCCACCUUCGCUACACCAGCACCAAGUUCCAGGACACGCUGCACACGAGGAAAUAAGAGGCGGGGGGAGUGCCGAGUCCCCUCCCCCACGACCCCCCUCCCCCCUAAAUCCCUCCCAGGGGCAGGGCAGAAGGAGGAGGAGGAGGAGGGAGGAAGGCAGGCACAGACUGCAGGGAGGAGCACACAGCCAACCUCAGCACUCAGACACGCUCGAACGGGGCCCUGGGGCUCGGGCACCCACGGGGACAAGGGCGGGGGGGUCCCCUCCAACCCCCCCCCAGCUCUCUGAAUGUACAAACCAGUAACCGGGAUGAGCCCCCCACACACAGAAGGUGCUGUCUCUCUUGUACCUA